CGGGCGUACUGCAACAUAGUUAAAAGAUCGUGUAAUACAUAAUACAACGAAUACCCGUGUAAUAUUCCGUAUUGUAAAUAUAAACCCUUUACAUAAUACAAUAUUGCACAGCUUUGGACGCGACGGACGAAAGUGCACCCGAUCAUUGAGGGGCGGUCUCCUUCGCGGUAGUCCGGACCAUGAUGGAAAUCCGCGUAUUAUACGUCGCCGUAGUGUUUACCUGUUGCUGUAGCUGGCUAUCCAGCGUACAAAGCCACGCAAUUGAUUUCAAAGCCAUGCCCAUGACCCUACUGAACGCCACCAAUUUCAUAAUGCGACACCAGAGGUAUUUGCUACAAGACGAUGAACGCGGAUCUGACGUACGGGCAUCAAGUAACGAAGUGAACAUGAAUAUUGAUGAGAAUGUAGACGGCUUUGUUAACAGCCCUUUAGUUUUAACUACUGAAGUGUGCAAUCCGAGAAAAUGCAAAGCCGGUAAAAUGGAAGGAGUGUGUAUUAGCAGCGAAUCGUGUUUCAAACACGGUGGUCAGACCGGAAACCCUUGCAACGGAUCGAGUAAUCUGAUAUGUUGCACAUUCAUACUUACGUGUGGUGACAUCUCUAGCCAAAAAGUGACGUACCUGCAGUCUCCCGACAAUUUAAAAAUUGAUACGGGAAGUUUGGCAUGUGACUACGACGUAAUGGUUCAAAAGGAUACGUGCGCUGUCCGUGUGGAUUAUGAAAAAGUGAAUCUUGCUAGCAAGAUAGGAGGAGUAUGUGACAUCGAUCAAGUUUACAUUUUAAAUUCCAACGAUGGACCGACGACAGGUCAGUGUGGAACAUUGACGGGUUACAGCACCGUCGUCGCUGUGAAACCGCACCAAGAAAAACCUUUGAAAAUAGCAAUGGUUGUUCAAAAAGAACCUACCGAUUAUUGGCUGAUCAAAGUUUCACAAAUAGAUUGUGGCGAAAUAAAACCACUCAAAGAAACACCGGAUUGCGGUCUGAGGUCCGUCCAGCAAAUGAACGACGACAACUUCGACGAUCAAUCACCGCACCUUAUGCCGUCGUUAGGGACCGGACGUUGCGGCGGCAGUGGUGGAAGUGGCGUCAGUGGCAGCAGCAGUGACGGCAACCCUAUGAGCCAACGGCUUCUACGUCGCUCCGUGGUCCGCCGCGACGUGCAAGACGUCCUACAACCAUGGCGAAUGAGCCGGCCUGAACGUCACUUAGGGUCAGCUAGAGAACGGUUGAACACUGUGCGGCGCGAAGAGUUCAGAGACGGCGACAACCGGAGGAUUAUCGGCAGCGACGAGGUGGACAUCGGCGAGCUCACCUGGCAAGUGGCCAUCGCCUUGGAUGGGGUGUUCUUCUGCGGUGGAGCGCUGAUCUCCGAUCGAUUCGUCAUCACCGCUGCACAUUGUGUCAUGACACGUGACACGCCGAUGGACAACUUGACGGUGCACCUAGGCGACUACGAUCUGACUACGGAAAAUGAAACGGAACACCAGGCUCGGAAAGUGUCUCGCGUGCUGUUCCACUCUCAUUUCCAUCCGUUCCUGUUGGCCAACGAUAUAGCGCUACUACAACUCGACCGUCCGGCCGACAUGAGCGACACCGUCCGGCCCGUGUGCUUGCCGUUCACUGACGGCGACUCGUAUGUGGGCCAAAAAGGUACGGUCGUAGGAUGGGGGAUCACUGAGUUCCCAGCGGGCGACCCUAGCCCCACAUUGCAGAAACUCUCUGUGGAAGUCCUGUCAAACUUCCAGUGUUCCCGCGUCAUUGACGAUCAUGUAGAUCUGGGCAUGCUGUGCGCCGCUGCGCCAUCGUUGCAGGGAACGUGUUUCGGUGACAGCGGUGGCCCGCUGACAGUGGAACGGGAUACCGGAAGAAACGUUUUGAUCGGCUUGGUGAGUUAUGGCGUAACGGGCUGCGCAAUCAAACCCGCUUUUCCCGAUCUGUACACCAGAAUAUCUGAGUACACCAAAUGGAUUGACGUCAGCACCUCGUAGUAACAUCAACAAUAAUAAUGAUAAUAUUAAUAAUGAUGGUUAAAACAAUUGUAAUAGUAUGACCA